CUCAUGUGAGGGAGAUUAAUACAACCCUGCAACCAAACACGCGGGUUGAGCUCCCAAUCCCAUCAUCAAUCAUCAUCAAAUCAACCUCCUCGAUGCAUACGAAUCUGGUGCUUUAGCUGUUGAUCAACAAUGGAUUCCACCACCAGUGCAAUCUCUCUCUAGAAACCCCAAGGAAUUCCUCUCCAAAGCGACGUCGUGAAGGUCCAAUCCAUCACAUUCAAACCCUAUUCUUCUUCACAGUUCAUCAACAAUGGAGGAGACCCCAAUUCGAACCUCUCUCUAAAACACAACCCCAACCCCAACCCAGUAAGAGAAAAAAAUAAAAAUAAAUAAACAAAUGGAAAGACACAUACAGAUCCUCCUGAACAGAAUAUCAUUCGCAUCGCUGACCAUAGGCACUAUGACCCUCCUCUUCCUCUUCCUCCAGACCCCAGAAACCUGCGUCCCUCAAGGCUCCAUCCCCAAACCCCACCAGAAGUUCCCAAAGUCCACCUGCGACUUCUCUCACCGCGCUUUCACCUCCAUCGACAAGAAGAACAAGCGCCUCUGGUCCACCAAGGACUGGCUCAACAAGCUCCACUCAUUCUCUUCCUUCUUCACCGACCUCCAAACCCUAAAUCACCUCCACAACCACUCCAAAGUCCUCUGCGUCUCCGCCGGCCCCGGCCACGAGGUCAUGGCUCUGAAACAGAUCGGCGUCGGGGAUGUUACCGGAGUCGAGCUGGUUGACUCGCCGCCGCUUGUUAGCCGAGCCGAUCCUCACAACUUGCCGUUUUUCGAUGGGGUGUUUGAUCUAGGGUUCAGUGCUCAUUUGGAAGAGGCGCUUUUUCGGGAGAGGUUCGCGGCGGAGAUGGAGAGGACGGUGAGAGUGGGAGGCGUGUGCGUGGUGGCGGUGGAGGAGUGUGGGAAAGAGGAGGUGAAAGAGGUUGCGAAAUUGUUUCGGAAAUCCAGGUUUGUUAGUGCCAAGAAUGUUACAUUAACCGGAUCCAAAAUGACUCGAAUUAUAUUGAGAAUAACAACACCUCCUUGAAUUUAUUUAUUUAUGACAAUCUUUGAUUCUUUGAUAUAUUUGUUUAAUUAUAUAUAGGUCUCUGAUUAUGGAAUGGGAUUCCAAGUGUGUAAUGUGUGUUUAAUUGAUAGCUUUCAAAUUAUCAUCAAUCCAAGUGUUCCAUAAAAUUUAGAACGUUAAUGGAUUGAAUUUACUGAACA